AUGGAGAGGGGAGAAGUGAAGCGGCGCAAGGGAGGUGAUGACGAUACAAAUGAAGAACGGUUGGAUCCACCGAAUAUGCGCCUCAAUGUGAUGAAGGACAAGUCAUGGAACAGCGAAAGCAUGUUUAAUAGCGUCCUGUUCAGCAACCUAUCGAAGGAACAAAUUAAAAUAGUACAGGUGCCCCUUAACAAGAAUUUAUGUAUAAUUGCCUGUCCAGGGUCAGGUAAAACGUCCACGCUGACUGCACGCAUUAUGAGAAGCAUCAUUGAAAAAAAAAAGUCUGUUGUUUGUAUAACUUUCACAAAUUAUGCAGCAAACGACUUGAAAGAAAAAAUUACAAAAAAGGUUAACUGCUUAAUAGACCUAUUCUCAGAAACAGAUGUGAAGUGUAAACUCUUUACAGACAAAAACUCCAAGAAGAAAUACGACACGGGUACCAAGAUUCAUAGCAAAACGAAACUGAAAGUUCUGCACACGAUCAUGUUCAUAGGUACGAUCCAUUCCUUCUGUAGGUAUCUCCUUGUCAAGUAUAAAGGACCGUUCAAAAUAUUAACAGACUUUAUCAGUUCAAAUGUUAUAAAAUUAGCUUUUAAUAAUUUUUAUGCUUGCUUUUUGAAAGGAAAAUCUGCCCAAGGGGCGGGAGAAAAUUUUUUCGCGUCAGGAAAAGAUACAAAAGAUGACCAUAAAGGGUCAUUUGAUUUUAUGAACUUUUUUAAUAUUUUAAUGAAAAGCUUUAGUAAGAGGGAUGCACAGCAGAUAGAGGAUGAGGCAGAGGGGCAGGCAGACGAAGAUGGAGAAGGGGAUGAUGAAGAUGGUGACCAUUAUUAUAACUACCUUUACCACGUUCAACACGAGAACAACAGGAAGGACCACUUCGAACAUGCUGAUAUACCAACCAUGCUCAAAAAGAAACACAUAUUAUUUUUGAAGAAAAAAAUAAAGCUUUUCAAAUAUGUGGAGCUGUAUCGGAUGAAGAUCGAAAUGAACCGCGUGGAGGCAAGGUUCUACGCAGAGUACAAAAAGAUAUUGGACGGUGCCAAACAUAUUUACUACGACUUUGAUGAUCUGCUCAUCGAGACGUACAGACUGAUGAAGGAGGACGAGCGUGUCCGCGACAGAAUUCUGGCCGAGUGGCACUACGUCUUUUGUGACGAGUUCCAGGACAUCAAUACGACCCAAUUUAACAUUUUGAGGUUUUUUGCCAAUGAGACUUGUGGCAGGAGGGAGGAGGAAAGAGGGGCGCCACACAAUGCAAACACUUCAAAUGGAGCGAAUCAGGAACCCCACCCCUACCGUGCCCACGAGUCGGAUAGAAGCCUCACCGUGAUUGGGGACGACGAUCAAUCCAUUUACUCCUUCAGGGGAGCCCACAUUAACGUCUUCGAAAAAAUUAUAAAAGAACAAAACUGCCUGCUAUUCAAACUAGGUACUAAUUUUAGAAGCACCAAAGAAAUCGUUAGGGUUUCUUACAACCUCAUCCUGCACAAUGCUUGUUGCAGAAUAGAAAAGGAGCUACGCACAAACAACGUGCAGGGAGAGAAGGUGAAUUUCCAUGCCUUAAAAACGAACAAUGAUCAAGUGUCCUUUAUCCUUUGUCAAAUCAUUUUUUUAAAAAAAAAAUACAGUUACAAGUUCGGCGAUUUUGUUAUCCUGUCUAGGACCAACAAGACGUUGAAGGAGACUCUCAAGUGCAUUAACAGCGUGGAUGUCAGGAGGAGGGCCGUUAAAUUUUUUCAUGAACUGGGUAAGGGGGCAAAAAGUGGGGCCAGUGGUGUGGUAAAAAGUGAGGAGAGUGAUGGGGCGCUCGGGGGGGACCAUCACUGGACAGACGUAACCCCAGAUACAUUCAAAAUACCCAUUAAAGAAAUGAACAGAAAGAAAUCCUUCUUCGGGGCGAAGGAAAUCGUAGAGUUAAUAACUGUGCUCAGAUUCCUCCUCAACGUGGACGAUGACAUAAUAUUGAAGAAGGCCUUUAAGAUUAUAAAAAAUGACAAGGCGGUGCAGGGAAUAUUGGACAAGCUAGAAAGCAGCGACUUGGGAGACACCUCACAAGAGGGAGAAGUAUCCUCAAGCGCUGAAGGAGGAAAUGGCCUCUCCCUUUUCAACCGUAUUGAGAAAAUCACCCGUUGGUACAUCCUCUGGAAGAGAAAUCAAUUGAACACAGAUGAGGUCCAGCACCUAGACGUAUUCACAGAAGAGGAGAUAAAAAUAAUAUUAGACUUUUUUUUUUGUGUAAAUUAUUUUAUAAAAUUCGCUUCGCAACCUAAAUCUGUGUACAGUCUGGUGAUGGACAUGUUCAGAAAAACGAAUUUCGUCAAUAGGAUUCUUAAAAGGGUAAAGCGCAGACGGGAACCCGAGGUGAUGCAAGGGGACAAGCAGAACGAGCGGCAGAAGAACGAGCGACAUGAGGGGGAGGAAGAGCAGUCGCAGCAGCGGAAGAAGCGCGCCUUCAAAGAGUGUACUAGUGAGAGCGAUACCAACCACCCCGAAUUAGUGAACGAACUUAAAAUCAAGCGCGAUCUCCACACCUACUUCGGAAUCAGUGAUGAAGAUCUGGAGGAACACGAAUUACAAAAUAUUUUUAUUCUGUUAGAGAUGAUUAUGCAGUACACACCUAACCAAAUAAAUAAAAAAUGCUCAGACUGUCUCAUUUCCUUCCUGAAUGAUUUUAAAAAUGACAUACAUGAGAAAAUGUUAGUAGAGAAGGUCACCCUCACGACCAUACAUAAGUCGAAGGGGUUGGAGUGGAAGGUCGUCUUCAUUGUAAAUGCUAUGGAAGGAGAAAUUCCUCAGGCGGCGGAAAAUAAUAGGGACAUAAUUGAGGAGAGGAAAAUUUUUUAUGUUGGCAUUACUAGAGCCAAGUUUUUCUUGUACCUGCUCUGCUUCUUGCAGAACAAUCAUACGGGGGAGAAGAACACCGUCUCGAGGUUCGUCAGUCAGAUGGCCAUUUGA